GGCACGCAAGCGGGGCGGAGGGGCGGGGCGUUGCCGUAUGACAGCGGCCGCUUUCCCCCUCCCAAGAUGGCGGAUAACCUGCCCUCGGAGUUUGAUGUGGUGGUCAUAGGAACGGGUUUGCCUGAAUCUAUCAUAGCAGCCGCAUGUUCAAGAAGUGGCCAGCGGGUUCUCCACGUGGAUUCAAGACAAUACUAUGGAGGAAACUGGGCAAGUUUUAGUUUCUCUGGAUUAUUGUCUUGGAUAAAAGAGAACCAGAAAACGGCUGACCCCUGUGAGGGAAACACCCGCUGGGAAGAACUGAUCCUUGAAAACGAAGAAGGUAUUCCUCUGAACAAGGCAGACCAAACCAUUCAGCAUGUUGAAGAUUUCUGCUAUGCCAGUCAGGAUCUAGCUGAAGAUGUGGAAGAAGCUGGUGCACUUCCGAAGGUCCCUGCCUCUGUUGCUUCUGCUUCUAGUGAGGUUAUAGAGGAAGUCUCUGGCACCCCAGAGGCUGAGGAAAAGUGCUUUCCUUUGGAGGAUCGGCCAUCAGGGACCAAAGAUGAAGAAACAUUCUCUGACAGUGCUGCAGGAAGUGAACCGGAAUGUACAGCUGACCGCGAAGCUGUUGAAGUGACCUCUCUGGGGGAGAAACCCUGUGACAAUGUAACGCCCGGUCAAUCAGUACAGGAAGUGGAAAAUAACGAAGCUGCAUCAAUAGUGGAAGCUGCAGCUGAACCAAGGAAAAUUACUUAUUCCCAAAUUGUUAAAGAAGGAAGACGAUUUAAUAUUGAUUUAAUUUCUAAGUUACUGUACUCCCGAGGAUUGUUGAUUGACCUCCUAAUUAAGUCAAAUGUUAGUCGCUAUGCUGAGUUCAAAAAUGUCACCCGGAUUCUUGCAUUUCGAGAAGGCAGAGUGGAACAGGUUCCAUGUUCUAGAGCUGAUGUCUUCAACAGCAAACAGUUGACCAUGGUGGAAAAAAGAAUGCUGAUGAAAUUUCUUACAUUUUGUCUGGAUUAUGAGCAGCACCCUGAUGAAUAUCAAGGUCACAAGGACUCUAAAUUCUCAGACUACUUAAAAACCCAGAAGUUGACUCCCAAUCUGCAGCAUUUCAUAUUGCAUUCCAUUGCAAUGGUCUCGGAGGCUGACUGCUACACCAUAGAUGGCCUGAAGGCGACUCAGAAGUUCCUCCAGUGCCUUGGGCGUUACGGAAACACUCCCUUCUUGUUUCCUUUGUAUGGCCAAGGAGAGAUCCCACAGUGCUUUUGCCGGAUGUGUGCAGUAUUUGGCGGUGUCUAUUGUCUCCGCCAUCCUGUGCAGUGCCUUGUGGUGGACAAAGAAACUAGAAGGUGCAAGGCAGUCAUUGAUCAUUUUGGUCAAAGAAUAAGUGCCAGCUAUUUUGUUGUGGAAGAUAGCUACUUUUCAGAGGAAACCUGUGCAAAUGUGUCCUACAGGCAGAUCUCCAGAGCGGUUCUCAUUACUGAUCGGUCGAUUUUGAAGGCAAGCUCAGAUCAGCAGAUUUCCAUUUUGACUGUCCCACCUAUGGAGCCAGGUCAGCCUGCUGUCUGCCUCAUUGAACUAUGUUCUUCAACCAUGACAUGCAUGAAAAAUACAUAUUUGGUGCAUUUAACUUGUUCGUCCAUUAAAACUGCUAAAGAAGAUUUGGAGCCUGUUGUGGGCCAGUUGUUCAGUGAAAGUACAGAAACAGAAAGUGAAGGCGCAGGAGAAGGGCAAAAGCCUCAGAUUCUCUGGUCGGUAUAUUUCAACGUGAGAGACUCCUCUGGUGUAGACAGGACAUCCUAUGCCAAUUUGCCUCCCAACAUCUAUGUUUGUUCUGGGCCAGACAACGCAUUGGGGAAUGACUGUGCUGUCAAACAGGCUGAGGCCAUAUUUCAAGAGAUGUUUCCCAGUGAGGAAUUCUGCCCACCACCCCCAAAUCCAGAAGAUAUCAUCUACGAUGGAGACGGGACUCAGCCAGAAGAUCCUGGGUUUGGUAAUCCAUCUGAGGCCAAUCCAGAGACUUUGCCUGAGAAAAGCACUGAAGAGAGUGAAAGACCCUCUGAAGAGUGAAUGGAUGGCAAGGCCAUGACUGAACUCAUUUCACCAUGGUGUCUGGGGAAGCUUGACCCAGUCCAAAGUGCAACCAACCAACCAGUUUGUCAUACACAAAAUGUAACCCCAGCAAUCCUAGCGGGACUUUACAGAGUUGCUUAAUAGCUUGAUUUGAGUUGGCACAGGAGAGUCUUGUCCAAAGCUAUGUCCUGAAACAUAACUCCAUUCUUGACUCAUUUUUCCUGGAAAUACAGUUUAUCAGUUUGUAAAUAAGGCAUUCCGUCAUUCCACAGAAUUGCAGUUUUGCCAAAGUCAGCAGCAGCACAACAUAUGGAACUCAGUUUGCUCUACAGGAAGUGUGGGGGGAAAUUCCAUUAACUGAAAACAGCUCUUGGGGUAGACUAGUAGGUGCUAGACCAGGAGUAGCCACUGUGGUUCCCUUCAGUUGUUGCAAGACUAUAGUUCCCACCAUCCCUGACCAUUAGCCAUGUUGGUUGGGGCUGAUGGAGCUGGAGCCUGAAGUCUAGAGGGAAACACACUUGCUACUCCUGCACUAGACUGAACAUUCAGUUGUUAGUGAUCUAGCAGAAGCUCACCAAAAGGAAAAGAUCCAAGUGUUUUCUGUUUGUUUGUUUGUUUGUUUGUUUGUUUGUUUGUUUGUUUGACUGGCUGUGCAGAAUAUCACAGAAGUGGUUUUUAAGCUUUUCCGUCAUAUACUCAGUAGAAAUGCAAAAUAAAUACAUCUUUUAAUAGAUUUAUUGGAAAUGGUUGUUUGGUAGCACUUGGGUGCCAGCUCACUGGAUCACUUUCAAGAACUGAGCUGUAUUUCUCACCAUCUAUUUGUUUUUGUUUUUUUCCAAAGACAGCUCAGAUUUACUUGGUUGCUGCUCAGAAGUACUGAGCCAAAAGUAUUGGUUGAAAAGUACUUCUCUGAAGCAGGGCUUGUUUUUGCAAGUGCCCUCUGAGAGACCCCAUAGCCACUAAUAUUCUUUCUUAGUUAUGCUAGAGUGGGAAUGGGAAAUCAGUCACACACAAUAUUGUUGGGCUCCCAACCCUCAUCAGCCCAAGCCAGCAUGGCCAAUCAACUGGGGUGAUGACAGUGGUAGCCCCAACAGCAUCUAGGAGGCCACAUGUUCCUCAUCCUUGAGAUACAGUUGGAAACUGGCCUUUGUAAAUAUAUAAGACAAUCUGUCUGAGAAUCCAAUACAGGAGAAAAGGACAAGAGGUGAUUCUGUGCUGUUGAAUCUAAAAAGCCAACUAAUAAGUCAGAAUUAGUAACCAUUUGCACAGCACUUACAUUAUGCAAAAAUGUUUUACAUUCUUGUUGGUUUUUCCAGUGGUGCUAUCUUGCUAUUCCCAUUUUACAAGUGAGAUCCUGAGGCCCAGGAUGAAGCAACAGAUAUAUUUACAGUUAAUAUUUGUAAGAAGGGACAGGCUGUGGUAGACAAACUCAGGUAGCAGAGCUUAAAUUGGGUCGCGUAAAGCCCAGGUAGCAUUUCAGCUACUGUGUAGCUCACUGCACUGACGUUUUAAAAUUCAGCUCCUUAAUAAAGGCCACAAAUGCCCCUCAUGAUCAAUAUGCAGUUUGGGUGGGAGAUAGCUAGGUCAUUGGUCCGUGAUACAGCCCUUCAGUGCUUGAGCCUAUGUGAUUGCUUUGUGCCACAAAAGUAAGUUUAUUCCAUAAACAUAACAAUUACGUUCAGCACAGUAAAGCAAGAUGCAGCUAUCAAUGACACACAGCCUUUCUGUACAAAAACGGUGGCUCAAAUUCAUUUCAUUCGCUAGGUAGUUCUUGUGGCGUUUGCAAUUAAGCUGUUAUUUAUGCUGGGUAAGAGAGAGAGUCUGCCUAUUUUUCCUUCGCCAUUGCUGUUCCUAUGCAUAAAUCAGAAAGCAUGAAUGUAGCCCAAUUAUAUUUGAACGUUUACAAAUCAAUACGGGAGCCAAAAUGAGGGCUUGCUCCCAAGAGCUUUCAAGAACGAAGUUCCUACAGAAAAUUUCUUUUCUUUUUUUAAUUUGGAAAUGAACUUUAGUAUAAGAAAUUAAAGGUUUGCUUGCAA